ACAUACACAAAACAUCAUUCAAAAGGAGUGCCUGAAUGCAAAGAGGCUGAAGGAUGCUCAGCGGCAUGAACAGCUGUUCAGGCCCAGCAGUGAAAUCAGAGGGGCCAUUCCCACUGGGGCCGUUCCCACGGCACAUCUGGAUCCACGACAACACGCCCCAGGACGGGCUGGACAAGGCCUGCCAUGAGAUCUGGAAACGCACGCAGAGCCUCCCCUGGGAGCUGCAGCCCAUCGUCUGCACGGACCCACCGGGUCCCCCAUGGAGCAGGAAUGGUGCCCACAGUGGAGACUGGUUGCUAAAUGAAACAGAGGGACUCGAAAGUCUAUACAGAGCAGUGAUUGGAAACAGAGAGAGAGAGAUGAAAUUAAGAGCUCUCUGUGAUGCUCAGCUUUCUGCUAAAUCCACCAUCACCAACCUUCUGCAUUCAGCAAGUUCUUCCAGGAGCUCCAAAGGGCUAGGGGACAGCAGCACGACAGGUGCUGGCAGCACAGAGGGCAGCAAGCUGGGGAUGCCAUUGCUGCUGAAACACACAGACAUUGCCAAAGGCCCAGACAGGCAGGUCAUGGCUGAGGAAAGCAAGACAGUGAAAGAUUUCCUCCAGAAUGGCAUGUUCAGUGCUGCAAAGAAUAGCACAGCUGUGCCAGCUCCGAUGGCAGAAUGUCAAACUGCAGGACAGAAGCAGCAGCUCUCAACAGUUGCCAAGAUUUGCUCCAGACCUGACUCCAGUGCAGCCACAAAGGCACUGCAGAAUCCAGUAACUACUGCAGUGUUGGAUAAAAAAAUGGUUCUGUACAACGCCAGCGCUUCUACUCCACGCUUUUCUGCUACUACAACCACCACAACCUUAAACCAGCCAAUGUGGCCAAGUCUGAGCUUCCCUCCACUUCCUCUAUUUCCAAACCAGCCAAACUUCUCACCUUUUCAGGGUCCGUACCAGCGAGCAAGGAUCCCUUUCCAGCAAGCUCUGCACCCUUCCUUUGGAUGCUAUUCAAGACAGGGGGCUCCAUUCAGCCCACAGAUGUUCCGCUCACCCUACACUCCUCUGCUGAAUUACAUCCCCCUGGUUCAGCCCGGCUUCCCACACCAGAGGGCCCCACUUCAGCUGCCCACCAGCAUCCAGGACCUGCCAGCAGCACGCGAUGGGAUGCGGUUCCCGUUUCCUCCUCCCUAUGGGUUUGGUGCUGCACCCGGAGGAGCUGUGAGGGCCACACACCAUUACCCCUCCAAUGGGAGCUGCAUCAACUUUUAAGAGAACCAGUUCUCCUACUGUAAUAGCACCGGAUUUUUGUGUAAAUAUCAGAAGCCCUAGGAUCCCAUAAGAACUUUGUGUUUUCCCAGAGAGAAGAUGUCUAUCUUGAAUAGAAUUCCACAUGACUUCCACGUUAAGAAACAGCUGCAUGACAAAUCAGAAAUAAUUUUCUUUUAGGAUGACAGAAAAAGGGGCUUUUUCCCUUUUGGAAGACAAAGACGUAAUAAAAAAAAUGUUUUAUUUAUGA